GAGAGGUGGAGAGAGAGAAAAGAAAGGCAGUCAUGGCUCCUUGGAUGACGACCACAACGGAGCGAUAUGGCAUAGUAACAUGGAAUUUCAUUGGCCUUGGGGUGAAGCAGCUGUCUCUGGAGGUUGGGGACACAGUCCACAUCCAGGAGACCUGCGAUGGCUGGUAUAAAGGCUACCUAGUCAGGAACAAGGAUCGACAGGGAGCGUUCCCGGCCAGCAUAGUGCAGCUGAGGAAGGUCAUCAUUGAAAAGCAAGGGUGAGUGGAGGUGGUGUUGUCAGCAGAGAUGCCCCUAGUGAAGGAGGUGACCACCACUCUGAGGGAGUGGGGAAGCAUCUGGAAACAACUCUACGUGGCCAAUAAGAAGAAGCGUGUGGUGCAGGUCCAACGGCUGAUGUGGGAUCUGAUGGAAUGGCGUUCGCAGCUCCUGUCUGGCACAUUGCCUAGCGACGAGUUCAAGGAGCUCAAACAGAAAGUCACCUCCAAAAUUGACUAUGGCAACAAGAUCUUGGAGUUGGACCUGGUGGUGCGGGAUGUGAAUGGGAACAUGCUGGACCCAGAGAACGCCAGUGUGAUCAGCCUGUUCCGAGCCCACCAAGAUGCCACCACCAAGAUCAACGAACGCAUCAAAGAGGAACAGUCCAACGUUCAGACGGGCCACUCGGUAAUCUCGGCCCGGAUCCAGUCCUCUCCCACUCACAGCCUCUAUGUCUUCGUCCGGAACUUCGUCUGUCGGAUCGGAGAGGAUUCUGAACUCUUCAUGUCCCUAUACGACCCCAACAAACAGACCAUCAUCAGUGAGAACUACCUGAUCCGUUGGACCAGUAAAGGUUUCCCUAAAGACGUUGACAUGCUGAACAACCUGAAGGUUGUCUUUACAGACCUGGGUAAUAAGGAUUUGAACAGAGAGAAGAUCUACCUGAUCUGUCAGAUAGUGAGAGUGGGUCGUAUGGAACUGAAAGAGACUAGCACCAAGAAGUGUACCCAGGGCCUCCGCAGGCCCUUUGGAGUGGCAGUGAUGGACAUCAGUGACAUCAUCAAAGGAAAGAUAGAGUGUGACGAGGAGAAGCAGUAUUUCAUCCCGUUCGUUCCGGUUGUGGCAGAGAAUGACUUCCUCCACUCCCUGCUGAACAAGGUGACAGCAUCGCGAGGAGACAGUGGAGGACAAGGUCUGUGGGUGACGAUGAAGGCCCUGGUCGGCGACAUCGUCCAGAUCCGUAAGGAGUACCCCCACCUGGUGGACCGCAGCACGGUGGUGGCCCGUAAACUGGGAUUCCCAGAGAUCAUCAUGCCGGGGGACAUCCGGAACGACAUCUACUUGACUCUGUGGACCGGGGACUUUGACAAGUACAACAAGACCACCCAGAAGAACAUGGAGGUCAUCAUGAUGGUGUGUGAUGAGGAGGGCAAGGCCGUGCCGAACUCUAUCUGUCUGGGAGCCGGGGAUCGGCCGCUGAAUGAGUACAGAUCUGUCAUCUACUACCAGGUCAAACAACCACGCUGGAUGGAGACAUUCAAGGUGGCCAUCCCUCUGGAGGAGAUGCAUAGGAGCCACCUGCGCUUCAUGUUCAGACACCGCUCCUCUCAGGAGUCUAAGGAUAAGAGUGAGAAGAACUUUGCCAUGGCGUUUGUUCAUCUGAUGAAGGCGGACGGAACAGUGCUGCAGGACGGACUUCAUGAACUGGUUGUCUUCAAGGGGGACAGUAAGAGGAUGGAGGAUGUGAACUCGUACCUGCCCCAGCCCUCGACGCGAAACCAGGGUGACGUUCCAAAGGGGGGGACACUGAGUCGCAGCAGUGUAGGAGGCCUGUCUGUCAGCUCCAGAGACAGCUUCACCAUCUCAACCCUCGUCUGCUCCACCAAACUCACCCAGAAUGUGGGUUUGCUGGGCCUACUGAAAUGGAGGACUCGUCCUGAGCUCCUCAAAGAAAACCUGGAGAAACUCAAGAUCAUCGACGGAGAGCAGGUUGUCAAGUUUCUCCAGGACACUCUGGAUGCUCUGUUCACCAUCAUGAUGGAACACUCCCAGACUGAUGACUAUGACAUCCUAGUGUUCGAUGCCCUGAUCUACAUCAUUGGUCUGAUAGCAGACAGGAAGUUCCAGCAUUUUAACACGGUGUUGGAGGCCUACAUUAAACAGCACUUCAGCGCCACGCUGGCCUACAAGAAGUUGAUGUCGGUGUUGAAGAGGUAUCUGGAUGUGUCCAGUCGAGGGGAGCAGUGUGAAAACUACCUCCGCACCCUCAAAGCCCUGGAGUACAUCUUCAAGUUCAUCGUUCGCUCACGCAUGCUCUACUCCCAGUGA